GACAGGCAGUGAGUGUUGUGCGCGGGACAAGCCGAAGACAGUGACCUUAAACUAUACCAAGAUGGAAGGGCAACAGGGCAAGAAACAGAACGAUGAAGAAAUCAGACAGCAGGUGCUUGCCGAAGAUGCUACGAAGGAUAUUUCGGUGUACUUGAGUGUGGCCAUUGCGACUGUAGCUGUUACGACGGCGUGUCUUGGUACUGGGUCCGUGAUCGUCCUUCGCUCGCUUGUUCGGUUCCGCCCGGAGAUCGGAGGUUACUGGAUGUCAGGUAUACCGUUCAUAUUCCCGGGCGUGUCAGGGACGGCAGUUGCGUUCAAGCGCCACAGAACAGCACUCUCCAUCCACGUCGCUAUCAUGAUCAUCGCGAUGCUGGCGGGCGGCAGUUGCUAUGGUUACUCCAUUGAAACGGUUUAUUUCAAUAAUGAAAACUGCACCGACAUAUACCGCGUAGGUGCCUGUGACCGUCCCCCCCUGCUCUUCAUGCACCUAGCAUCAGGGGGAGCAGCCACCGCCUUCAGUAUCCUGGGUGUCUUCAUGUCCCUGUGUGCCUGCAACAGUGUCAGCAAAACCUACGCCAAAAGAGCCCAUGACAAUGAAUUAAAGUCACAAAGAGAGGCUGAGGCACAACGACAGAAGGCGAUUCAAGCUAAGAAGCAAGAGUUCACGUAUACUCCUGCAAUCACAACUAUCUCAGAGAAAACGCCCUUCGGAAAUGACGUCAUUACGCCUGCGUCCAAUGGCGUGAGCGUUGUAACGGUUACUGCGGACUCAAACGAAACCAAGCAACCAAUAUUAGACGACGUCACGAGGCUCUGAUCAAAAAGUGUGAAAGUUGAUAAAACAGAGAUGUGUAUACUGAGCUUGGCCUCCUCAAGCAAAACUCCAUUCUUCAUGGGUCUCUCCCGUGAAAACAUAUUUAGUCCAGAUUUGUGUUUUCAUUCUUGUGGUAAUCGCAGUAAUUAUUUAAGAAAGUGCAAGCAUGGACUGGGGGUUUCCAGUUUUUCACACCACUGUAUCUUAUUUACCGAUGUGAGGUCUCCCAAUACCUGAUUACAACGAUACAACAUUGUAACACGGCCCCUGCACCCAGAUCUUGAUCACAACACAAUUUACCUAACCAUUGACCAUUAUACAGGUUACUAUGCUAGCGUUAGUGACUAAUAUUUUCAAGUACCUGCAAGAUUGAUUCAUAACAUUCAAACGUCAUUUCAUUGCCCUGCUCAAAAAUACGAUGUCUAUGAAACCAUUCCAGCAGUUAAUGAUUACGAUGUAUAUAACAGAAUCAUCUACAUCACCUUGAAAUGGGCACAACGUGCACUGGCCAGCGUUGUGCUACAGGUGGACACCACCAUCGUUGAGCACCUUAAGAUAGCAAGUUCAAACAUUUUGCCCAAAAAGAUAUCACGAAACCUAACUGGCAGUCAGAUGUAGACAAUAUACCUAAAGGAAGCAAUUGAGCCAUACUUGGUAACGCGAAGAUCUGGGCUGACCUUUGACAAUUGACAUGAAACUUGGAUAUGGCCAAAGCUCUUUUACUAACCUCAAAAAAACCGUAUAAAACUCAAACCACUAUAGCAGACAAUUUCAUCAUCCCAGACUGAAAAUAAAACAAGUCUGCCGAAUAGAGUUUUGAAAAUCAGUUUGGACUUGGAAUUAUUUUGUUGAACUGAUUUUAAAUAUUCUCACUGAACUGUUUCUCAUACAUUUGAGUAAAUCCUAUAGACACCCUGGACAGUGUUAUAUACCCUUUCAGCGACUGUCAGAAGGUGUUAUUAGGUGUCCCAAAUUACAAAAUGUGUCACUUACAGUAGGCGAAGAGAUCCCUUAUUAUGUAUAUAAUUCCUUUCCUUGUAUAAUUGGUAUUUGUUACUGAUAAUGCAUUUUUAUACACUAUGUAUUGGUUUAAUGAUGGUUAUUAACUGUUUUAAUUUCUAUUCUUCGUUUUAAUAACAAUUGACAUUACCUGUCUAUGCAACUUAUGUCCAGAACCUAAGACUCGCGACCAGAACAUUUAGAACAUUGAAUAACUAAAUGGAUAUUUAAGAAAAAUUUAUCUUUGGUUAAACAUUCAGACCAUGACUGAGAUUAUCAUUAAAUGGAAUAUAUAUAUAUAAAUAUAUAUGGAUAUGAAAAUAUAACCAGACGUGAAUAAAUAUAUAUUGUUAGAUCAUGUCAAUUUCUCUUUAAUCAACUUUUAGAUCAUUUAUCAUACUGUACAUAUCACUGCAGGCCAGAACAGUCUAUAAGUAGCUUCUGUGGCUCCGAAUCGGAACUUUUUAUCCCUUUAAUCGGAUUGCCUAUCAGAUUUAAGCUGUUCUGUUAUAUCAUAUUAUGCCAUACACAAGAGUAGUUUUGACAAAUCAGGUUCACGACCUCAACCGUCCUUCGGUCGAAUGUUGCCGAUGAUCUGCCGAAUGACCAACCUCGUCAUACAUUCGGAACGUCUCGAGCUUUUCAUGACUCACUGUUGAUCCGCGCAUGCAUUUUCAUUUGAACUGAGAGCAACAUUGAUCCUGCUUCACCAUGAAACUUCAUGCUGUGAAAAUGUGCAACAUAUACGCAGAUUUCCUGAUCUAUUUUCUGCACAUGCAGUCUCGAGCUUUUACCGAGGAUACACAAAUUAAAACUCAGACGUUUUGAACACACCACGCCGAUCUUUGAGGCUCUCGUGUUACAGCAUACGUAUAAUCUAGUUCAGGAAUGUAUAUAUUGUUAGAAAUGACAGCACGGGUGAAAAUGCGUUAUAUCUAGCGAUGUUUUCUUUCGUAUUGGAAAUGUUUGAGCAUUGUACUGUUUCGGUAAUAAAUUUGUAAAUAAAAUACAA